GGCUGGGCAGGGCAGGGCUGGCCGGGUGGGGGGCUCCGCGGGGCGGCGGGGGAUGCGGGCCCCGGGCGCAGCAUGCUGUGGGGGGUGGGCCUGGCGGCGCCCCGCUCCUGCGUGGCAGACCUGAGCCGCAACCGCAGCCUCUCGCUGGGGUGGUGCGCGGGGCCCGAGGAGCCGCCGCCCGCCCUCUAUGGGGGCGAGAUCGUCGCCUUCCCGCUGGCGGGCGGGGGCGCGGGCGGCACCAUGGCGGCGCUGGGCUCCGACUCCUGGUGGAAGAAGACGCUGUACCUGACGGGCGGCGCCCUGCUGGCCGCCGCCGCCUACCUGCUCCACGAGCUGCUGGCCAUACGGAAAGAGCAAGAGCUUGAUUCGAAAGAUGCUAUCAUACUGCAUCAGUUUUCAAGGCCUACCAAUGGUGUUCCAAGUUUAUCUCCGUUCUGUCUGAAAAUGGAAACUUACCUGAGGAUGGCUGAUUUACCCUACCAGAACUAUUUCGAUGGAAAACUUUCCCCUCAAGGGAAAAUGCCCUGGAUUGAAUACAAUCAUAAGAAAGUAUCUGGCACUGAGUUCAUUAUUGACUUUUUGGAAGAGAAACUUGGAGUGAAUUUAAAUAAACACCUUGGUCCGCAUGAAAGAGCUGUUUCCAGAGCUGUGACAAAAAUGGUGGAGGAGCACUUAUACUGGACUUUAGCUUAUUGCCAAUGGGUGGAAAAUCUUCAUGAGACGCGAAAGAUGGUUUCACUUUUUGGCCCCUUCAGUGACUUGCUGAAGUGGAUCCUCUGUCAUCUGACCAAAGGGAUCGUGAAGCGGGAAAUGUAUGGCCAUGGCAUUGGCCGCUUCUCGGAGGAGGAGAUGUACAUGCUGAUGGAGAAGGACAUGCGGACUCUAGCAAGCCUCCUGGGUGACAAGAAAUACAUUAUGGGACCAAAAGUUUCCACUGUUGAUGCCACUGUAUUUGGGCAUCUGGCCCAGGCAAUGUGGACACUACCAGGGACUCGACCAGAGAGACUAAUCAAAGGAGAACUGAUUAACCUUGCUAUGUAUUGUGAAAGAAUAAGGAGGAAAUUUUGGCCAGAAUGGCACCAUGAUGAUGAUAACACUUUGUAUGAAUCUGAGGAAAGCAGUGAAGCAAGCAAGACUUACUCCCCUUUGCAGGACUUCAGUUUUUAUUCAAGGACAGAAACAUUUGAUGAGGAAGGGAACAGUAUUUCUCAAACUCCUGACACAGAUUACACUGGACACUCCCUCUUUGAUUCAGAUGUGGACAUGGAUGAGUACAGAGAUCAUGAACAAUGCAAGUGAUGUGUACAAGCAUCUCCCAUUUUGCAGAGAAGCUGUUUCUUGGGAUCAGUUUUACUUAUUUUCUCCUUCAGGUCAGCAGGAGGUUUAUACCACUUUGGAAGAGACCAUUGUGCUUGGCUCAGCUGUCACGUGCUACCUGGACUAUUUCAACUUUAUUUCAUUUUGUGUAACUG